UCGUAGUCCAUCCAGGUCAUCUCUGUUCACACUUGUAGUGCUGAAUAAUGAUAAGACCGGAGAUACGGUGUCCACAUUCUUCUCCGUUUCACUCCAGAACUUUCCAAAGCGCAUGUUCAGAGUUCGAUUCCCAAUUGCCCUUCUGUAAUUCCCUCUCAUACCAGCUAAAUGAGCAUAUUUUGUUUUGCCAACGGCGACUUUGCCGCCUGUCAGGCAAGAAUUCGAGCUCCGCGUUUCAAUUCGGCAGAAAAGGAGCUAUAAAGGCAGAGGGAUGAAAGGGGAGGGAUAGAUUAACCUAGCUUAGCUAUGGCGGUCAUUGAUGUGCAUCCGGCUUAUGGCAAGUUGAAAGCUACAGUGUUGCAUAGGAAAUGCAGUUAUGGCUUCUCAAGGGCUUCUGUAAGGAUAUUUAUAUCAAAACAUGCUUCUUCGUGUGCUACGAAUUUGGUGCAUGUACAGAGUAGCAGUGUUCUUUUUCAUCGGUCGUCUAGUCGGCCUCUGGCGGUCUCGAAAGCGGGACCGAUUGAUUCUCUGUUGGACACCGGGUUUCAGCUGCUGAAUAAUUUGAAGCUUUCGUCGGAGUCCAUAAUUCCGUCGGCGGAGGAGUCUGCGGCCUCCAACUUGGACGAUUUUGCUGCAAAUUUUAUGAAUUCGGUUAAUUCUUUUGAUUUAUUUGUAGGGGCUCUAGGGUUUCUAGCAGGAUUGGCGGCCUACGUGGCAAGCUUUGAGAGGCUUUGGCCGCAAUUGGCUACUGUAGGAGGGUCACGAUUUGCAGGGGACUGGGUUCUGUUCACGACUCCCACGCCGUUUAAUCGAUUUGUGGUGCUGCGCUGCCCCUCAAUUUCGUUUCGUGACGGCCUGGAAGAUGUUAAUGAAAGACUGACGAAAGAUAACGUGCACUUUGUUAAACUGUCCAGUGGAGCAGAGUUGUCAGGAUAUUCUUGUAAGGGAAAGAUACCGAAUAAAGUAAGGGAAUCAAGGUUUAGUGAUGCUGUUGAUGAGGUUGGUGAAGGAGAAUUCUUUUAUCAGAGAAUGUGCCUUAGUGCGCAGGAUGGAGGUGUAAUAUCUUUGGAUUGGCCUGCAAGUUUGGACUUGGCGGGAGAGCAGGGGCUUGAUACUGCGGUUUUGCUCAUCCCCGGAACAGCAGAGGGAAGCAAUGACGAUAUUGUCAAGGGUUUUGUUUGUAAAGUGCUUCAGCAUGGUUAUUUUCCUGUUGUGAUGAAUCCACGUGGAUGUGCAGGCUCACCUUUGACCACACCAAGGUUAUUUACAGCUGCAGACAGUGAUGAUAUUUGUGCUGCUGCACAAUUCAUCACUAGAUUAAGGCCAUGGACUACCUUGAUGGGUAUAGGCUGGGGAUAUGGAGCAAAUAUGUUAGCCAAAUAUCUUGGUGAAACUUCUGAGAUGACUCCUUUAACAGCAGCUGUAUGUAUUGGGAAUCCAUUUGACCUAAAUGAAGCAACAGGAUCAUCAUUUCAUCAUUCAGUUCUUGAUAGGAAACUCACAGAGGGAUUGAAAGAUAUCCUCCGUUCUAAUAAGGCUCUAUUCCAAGGGAGGAGAAAAGGAUUUAAUGUAGCAAGUGCACUGUCGGCAACUUCUGUAAGGGAGUUUGAAAUGGCAAUAUCAAGAGUUGCUCAUGGUUUUGACACAAUAGAGGAAUUCUAUACCAAAGCAAGUUCUAGGGAAAUUAUAACAAGUGUGAAGAUCCCAACAUUAUUCAUACAGAAUGAUCAUGUUGUUGCACCAAUCUUCUCUGUUCCCCGGAAGUCCAUAGAAGAUAAUCCAUUUACAAGCCUUCUGCUUUGUUCUUUAAUGUCAGCUGGGUAUACCACUGCAAAUGGACAGAAUCCAACUAUACAGUGGUGUGACAAUCUUGUAAUAGAGUGGCUUGAAGCAGUUGAGCUUGCCCUCUUAAAGGGCCGUCAUCCUCUUCUGAAAGAUGUUGAUAUUGCAGUCAAGCCUGCAAAUGAUCCAGUCAUAAUCAAUUCACGAGGAACACAGAAACAUGUUAUGGAUUCAUAUAUUAUCAAUUCUUCCAAGCACACAAUUGCAGCUGGUGCGGAACAGUCACUUGGUUCUAGAGACAUGAAUGCAUUUGAUAAUAGUAGUGGAUUGUAUGCAAAAAAUGAAGAUGGGGGUCAUAGAUUUUUGUUGAACAACAAAUCAACUAGUCAUAAAAUGGUUCCACGACACAAACAGUUUACAGAUGCAGAAGUCCAAAAGGCAAAGCCCAUGGAUUUGUCCCAAGAAACAGGAUCCUCAAUAGACACAGUGAAUGAAGUUGAAGAUUCUGAGAGCAGUGAGGAAGAAGUUGAAAGGGGUCAAGUUUUGCAAACAGCAGAAACUAUUAUGAAAGUGCUUGAUGUAACCAUGCCUGGUACUCUGGAAGAUGAACAAAAAGCACAGGUGUUAAAUGCAGUUGGACGGGGAGAGACGCUUAUCACAGCAUUGCAAAGUGCAGUGCCUGAAGAAGUCCGUGGAAAGAUAACUGCCGCUGUUACUGGAGCAGUUCAGACUGGGGGAUUAAAUAUAAAACUAGCUGGACUUAGAAAGGGUUCACCAAGCUCAAGCCUACCAAUGGAUAUGAACAUCCAAGAAAAGAUUGCUGAAGUUUCCAAGGGAAAUGUAAAUGGCGUUGCCACAGAUAAUUUUUUCGGUUCAUCCAGUCUUGAAGGUAAAGCCUCUCAAAGAGAAACAAAGCAGCAAGAAAUGGUGGAUUCUAGCUCCAGUGGAGAAGGUUCAGGAGUUAGGUCAGAAGAUGUAGAAGAAUUACAGAUUCCUCACAUGGAUUCUAAUAUCAAUGAACAAGCUGUUGGAAGUUCCUCGCUGGGUAAGAGGGCAAAAGAGGACAUGAAGCAGAUUCCUCUGAAAAACGAGUUAGAACAAGAGAAAGCAGGUAAAGAUAAUGAAGGUACUGAUAAAAAAUAUGAUCAACAAAAUAGUGAGAAUUUGACUGCAAAUGAAGCAUGUGCAGAUGAACAGAAGAAAAGAAAAGAAAGCAUUACUGAAGCUGAUAUAAAAUCUGUAUCUGAGCAGCCACCAAAAAAUGAUUCAGCUCCUGAUCAGAAAAAUGAUGGCACAAGUAUCAAUAGUCAGGGAGAUCAGGGUAAGCAAAAUUCUGGAGCUAAAAUUGAUGAUCUGUCUCUUCAAGUUGGUAUGGAUUCAGAUGAGCAGAACAAGGGAGAAGAAACCAGUGUUGAAUCUGAUGUAAAAUCUACAGGUGACAAGAAAUAUGAUGAAAUGAGUGUGGGUAAUCAAGAAGAACAAAACAGGCAAAGUUCUGACAUCAAAGCAGGUGCAUUACCUCCUCAAGAUGCUUCAUCUCCUAUUCAGUCUCCUUCAAUUAGCAUGACACAAGCAUUCGAUGCAUUGGCUGGUUUUGAUGAUUCGACACAAAUGGCAGUGACAAAUGUGUUUGGGGUGAUAGAAAAUAUGAUUAAUCAAUUUGAGAAAGAAAAACAGCAGAGGCCAGAAGACAUAAAGCCCAGUGCAAAUGAGAACCAAGAUUCGAACCCUUUGCCACCUCAGGAAAGCUCUCCAGAUUGCGGUGAUGAAAAUAGAUCAGAAAAACAGGAACAAGUUCCAGCUGUUGCAACUAACAUCAACGCUAGUUCAACAAAUUCUGGAGAAUGUUAUGACAUUGCUCAGAAAUCAAAUGUUGCUGAAAGCAAAGAGAAGCUCAUUCUCAACUCAAAUCGAAUGCAGCAGCAGGAUAUGGAUAAGGUAAAGCAUAGUACAUCCAAGGUGGAAGAUGGUGUUCAUGCACAAGAUGUGCAAAAUCAAAAUAUUAAUGCUAAAGAGGAUGAAAAGUAUCCUGGAGUUAUUUCAGUAAGCCCAAACAGGAUCAAGUACAGAGAUAAGUUUCCAUUAAAAGAUUUGGGAAGACUUUCAUUUGAAGGAUACCCCCCAGUAAAAAAUUCUACUUUGACCAAGUCAGAAACUGGCUUUGAAAAUACUGAAACUCUAAAUGAUCUUUUUCUUGAAUAUGUUCCAGAGGAAGGUCAGUGGAAGCUUUUGGAAAAAAUGGAGAGUACUUCUGAUUCUUUGGAGGAUGAGUCAAUACAUGAUACAAUGAAAAUCAAUGAACCAAAGAAUCAUAUACGUUCUGGAAAAGGUAUUUCAAUGGAUGUUGUUGAACCGUCAUAUGUAAUUCUGAACACACCAAUUGAUUAUGAUGACCCCUGGGAAGAGAGAAUUCUGCAGAACAGUCCUGUGCAGGAAAUUGAAGAAAAAACACAAAAAGCAGAGGGUAUGUUGAAUUUGGUCAAAAACCUGGUUUUUGAUAGUCUUAGGAUAGAGGUUAAUAGAAGACUGGGGAUGUCUCGUAUGAAGGCAGUGCAGCUUAAUCUAGAGAAAGAACUGUCAAAUGUGGCAAAUGCAGUAGCACUAGCAGUAAAACAAGAUCUUGAGAGGUCUGGUAAAGCUAUGACAAAUGACUCUGAAAAUAUCAAGCACUUGAAACAUUGUAGAGAGGUAGAAGUGGGUAAGUUUGGCCCUCUGCAUGGUGAGGUUAUUGUGAGUGCCAUCUCUUCUGUUUUGGGGGAGACUUACAUAUUGGAUAGGCUUCUUCCACUUGGGGUUGUUGUUGGUGCCAGCCUGGUAGCUUUACGGCCAAUUUUCAUUGUGGUUACAGGAGAUGAGGACUUCUUUGAGACUAGAAAUGAUGUUUUUCAAACAGCACCAGGUUGGGAAUAUAGAGAAAGCAAUGCAAGAGAAAGUUCUAAUAGAAAAGUUGAUCCAACGGAGAUUGAGAAACAACACAAACCAUUGCCCAAUGAAAGAAACCAAAAUAUAGAAGUAAACAAUUCUGAGAACGAGAGAGAAAAUGAUGGGAGAGUCAUGAUGGGAGCAAUGACAGUUGCUCUUGGUGCAACAGCAGCCCUUGCAAGUCAUCAGAUGAAAACUACUGGCUUAUUAAAAAUAAAAGAUAAUAAAGACAUGAAUCCUACUACUGAUUCCAGUCUUGAGAGUAAGAGCCAAAGACAAGAACCUAUAUGUGAUGAUAGGAACUGUGAUGAAAUUGAACAUGAAAAGGGAAAGCCAAACAUUGUAAGCAGUCUUGCAGAGAAAGCAAUAUCUGUAGCUGCCCCUGUGGUUCCUACCAAAAAAGAUGGAGAAGUGGACCAUGAAAGGCUUGUUGCCUUUUUGGCUGAUUUGGGGCAAAAAGGUGGUGCAUUAAGGCUUGUUGGUAAAUUGGCUCUGCUUUGGGGAGGUUUGCGCGGUGCUAUGAGCUUAACUGAUAGGCUUUUAAUGUUCUUUCGUAUUGCUGAACGGCCUUUGCACCAGAGGAUUCUUGGAUUUGCUUGUAUGGCCUUGCUGCUCUGGUCUCCAGUGGUUGUACCUCUGCUUCCCACACUUCUACAACAUUGGUCCUUGCACACCUCUCUUGGUGCUACAGGAAUUGCUUCUACGAUAGGACUCUAUGGAGCACAUUUCAUACUUGUAACAAUUUGGGGCAAGAGGAUUCGAGGUUAUGAGAAACCAUUAGAGCAGUACGGGCUUUCCAUCUUUUCAAAUUCAGAGAUACUCAAUUUGAUUAAGGGUAUGAUAAUUGGUCUAACACUUGUCAUAUCACUAUAUUCAGCGCAUAUCUUCCUUGGCUAUGCUGUGUUUGCUUUAAAACCAGAAUUUAUGUUCUUUAUGUCCACGGGUUUUAUCUCUACAAUCAAAACAUGCUUCAGAGUUUUAAGAUUGGUUGUCCAUGCCUUUGGAAUGGGCUUGGCAACGGCUACAGUUGAGGAACUACUUUUUAGGUCAUGGCUGCAUGAAGAAAUAGCAAGCGACCUUGGGUUUCACAAAGCUGUCAUACUUUCAGGCAUUGUGUUUUCGUCUGUCCACUGGUCUCUGCCUGUUAUGCCUGGUUUGUGGAUGUUGUCUGUAGCUUUAUCAGGAGCUAGGGCAAAAAGUAAUGGGAACCUUUCUGCAUCAAUUGGUUUGCAUGCAGGCUUAAGUGCUGCAAUGUUUUUCAUCGAGUCUGGUGGUUUUGUUAAGUUCAAUUUGAAUGCACCUAGCUUGCUUACAGGAGCAUACGCAGGGCAUCCAUUUGCUGGAGCUAUAGGUUUUGGUUUUAUAGCAAUCUUAGCUGUACUCCUUUAUCCAUGGAACGGAAAUCCAGAAGCACAAAAAUUGCAGACAUUCAACAAUAAGCAAGUAUUUCCAAAGGAGUUCUUGGGAAAUAAAGGUUAGAAUAUAUGCAGGGAAUGGCUAGUUUAUUCAUGAAUAGAUGAGCAGAAGCUGCAUGCUUGAUUUAAGCUGGAAGUAUGUCUACAAAAAAAUAGAUUUGUUCUAAGAUCCAGAAUUGUCUAUCCACACAAGAAUGAGCAGCUCACAGUGAUACUUUUGUGCAAGGCAGAACUGAUACAAGGGUUAGGGAGAAGGCUUUUUGGACAAUAAAUUUCAGUUCUUAACAACUCUCACCUUAGAAUCCUUUAGAAGCCAAAAUAUGUGACAUCAGUGUGUUUUUUCUCACUUCUGUUGAUUCUUAUUCUUAGGUUUUAUCGGGCAUUUACUCAUUUUUGCCUUAUGUUACUGGUUGUACUGUUUAGUCACUAGGAAAGUUCUGGUUGGGGGAACCCUGUGCCAAUACACUUACCCACAUUCCUGGGUGACUUAUCUUUCAUGGUGUAAUUUACUCAUAACCUUCUUGAUGUGUUAUUGUACCCAAUUUCAGAACAUCCCUUUCCAGUGAUCUGUCUCUGGUCAUUCUACUGUAUAAUUACUGGUACAAAAAGACUGAAGUUGGUUAGUCUGUUUAUACCUUCACAAGAUGUUAGCCAGUCCAAAUGUAACCUUUUCUACAAUUUCAUUUACAUGCCAGAAUUGCAGAAACUGUUAUGCAUCUGCUGUAAUUUGGCCGACAUCCUUUUCAGCAUUAGGAGGAUUUUCAGCUUAAGAUGGUGGACACAAUUGGUUUGCUCAAACAUUGUAGCUGGAUAUUGCUAUAGGCAAACAUUGGCUGCAUUCACAAUGCACCUAAAAUGAACGUUAAGAAAAUAAUAAGAUACAGUGAAAUGCAAGGUUCCUUUGAUCUUUA